CGGCCGGGAGGGAGGGAGAGAAGGAGAGAAGGAGAGAGGCUGCGGGGCGAGGAGGCGGCCGCGGCAGAAUCCGCCCCGGCGCUCCCCCUCCCGCCGUUCACCUUGCGCGGGGCGAGGGGCCGCAUGGAGCAGCCCCGGCGCCGCCCAACGCGCCGCGCCCCGCGAUGAGGUGCCGCUAACCGCGGCGGACCCGCCCGCAGCCCCCAUGGCGAAGGAGAGGAGCAGGAAGGCGCUGGUCGAGCUGCUCCAGCGACCGGGCAACGCGGCGUGCGCCGACUGCGCUGCUCCGGAUCCAGACUGGGCAUCUCAUAGCCUGGGGAUUUUCAUCUGUUUGAACUGUUCGGGAAUCCAUCGCAAUAUUCCACAAGUCAGCAAAGUGAAGUCGGUCCGUCUGGAUGACUGGGAUGAUGCUCAAGUGGAGUUUAUGGCCUCAAACGGGAACAACGUAGCAAAAGCAAAAUAUGAAUCGAAAAUGCCACCGUUUUAUUACAAGCCAACAUUUCUUGACUGUCAGCUGCUGCGGGAACAGUGGAUCAGAGCCAAAUAUGAAAGGAAAGAAUUCAUUCACAGUGAGAAGCAGGAGCCUUAUUCUGCAGGGUACCGAGAAGGGUUUCUAUGGAAGCGUGGCCGAGACAACGGGCAGUUCCUGAGCAGAAAGUUUGUGCUGUCGGAGAGGGAAGGUGCACUGAAAUACUUCAACAAGAACGACGCAAAAGAACCCAAAGCAAUUAUGAAGAUUGAACACUUAAAUGCAACUUUCCAGCCUGCAAAAAUCGGGAACCCGCACGGACUACAGAUCACGUACUUGAAGGACAAUAGCACAAGGAACAUCUUUGUCUAUCACGAAGAUGGCAAGGAAAUAGUGGAUUGGUUCAAUGCCAUUCGCGCUGCACGUUUCCAUUACUUACAAGUGGCAUUUCCUGGAGCCAGUGAUGCUGAUCUGGUGCCAAAGCUCUCUAGAAACUACCUGAAGGAGGGGUACAUGGAGAAAACGGGGCCCAAGCAAACAGAAGGAUUCAAGAAGCGAUGGUUCACCAUGGAUGACCGAAGGCUCAUGUAUUUCAAGGAUCCCCUGGAUGCCUUUGCAAGAGGGGAAGUGUUCAUUGGGAGCAAGGAAAACAGCUACAAAGUCCUGGAAGGGCUCCCACCAUCCACACAGGGAAAUCACUGGCAGCACGGCAUCACCAUCGUCACCCCGGACAGGAAAUUCCUCUUUGCCUGCGAGACAGAGGAUGACCAGCUGGAGUGGAUCACCACCUUCCAGAAAGUUAUCAGCAGGCCGAUGCUGCCUCAGGAAUACGCAGUGGAAGCCCAUUUCAAGCAUAAACCUUAGAUGGGACUGGCUGGGCAGACCUGAGGAAUGAGCUUCUGUUUACAACACAACAUGGGUUUUAUUUGAAAUGUUAAAAAAAAAUAAUUAUUAAUAAUAAUAACAGUAAUAAUAAUAAUAAUACUUCCCUUUCCCCUCAUCAUUCACUUGAUCAUGUCGGAGGCCAAGAAAGGCAGCAGCAAAACAUGGGAGAAGAUGCUGAUCCAACCCAGAACUCAUUUCUGCUCCCCCUGCACCUCGUGCCCACGUGUCUCCUGCAGGUAGGGCACCGUGCUGCUGGAAGGAUCCCCUGCCCUGUGCUGAAGUCUUGGGGACAGGACACUCUUUGGACAAUGUGGUCUGUGGUGCAAAACCCAUGUGGGUUCCUUGUGGAAAGUGUUGGCUGUUGUGGGGGAUGUGAGGCUGAGGCCCAUCCCCGUGGUGCUGCAGCAGCUGGCUGCUGGGGCUGGUGCUAAGCUGCUUUUCCUCCUCCAUGGCUCAUUGCUGCCUCAGCUCACAGGGGAUACGGACUGAGCCCAAAGCCUCCUAUGCUCUGGUGAUGGAGCUCCCCCCAUCUCACCUCACCAGGCUCAGCCAUGGCCCUGCUGCUCCGGGGACACACUGCCUGCCGCCCCUGCUCUGCUCCCUGCCAGCUGAUUCCAGGGGAGAGGGAGACCCUGAGAUGCUGACACCUGAAAACAGGAGAGAAAUUGUUUUUAAAUGUAGGAAUCUGCAGCUGAACUGGUGGGGGAGUUUGGAGAUGACUGAAACGUGUCCUUGCCUGUGUCCUCCACACUCGUAUAACUCAAAGGAGAAGAAGCACUGAGAGCAGCUUUGGUAGGAAGCCCAUCAGCGUGUUCCUCCCCAUGGACAUUGGUCCUGUGCAGUGCCCCGGCUGUUCCCUGCCCUCCACCCAUAGGUGCCCACAUCAUGCCUGCUUCUGCCAUCCCAGAGGGGAGCAGGGGGUGACGCUCAUCCCAGCUGAGGCCACUGCUCUCCUGGUGUCAUGCAGGUGGAUGGAGCUGGCUGUGAGGGCUGUGCUGGGGGUGCUGGUGCCUGCAGGCAGAGUGAGCAGGAUGCAGCUGUUGUGCAGGCGUGGUGUCCUGAUGUGUACGUGUUGCUAAAUGACCGAUCCUCCUGCUGUCAUAGGGGUAAAUUAUGAAUAGUGUGGGUGAGCAUCACAGCUCCCAGCUGGUGGCAAUGCUGUCUGUAGGCUGAUUCCGAGCAGGGUGUAGAACUUCAGCUGUGUGUGUCAUUGGCCUCGUUAGCUGCUUACCAAAGUGCACAGCCCGGCAGUGCCCACUGAUGGGUACCAGGGGUGGCUGUGGGGCUGGGGGCCGAGCAGCAGGCUGGGCUGUGCCUACCUGUGUCCCUGCUGCCCUUGGCACGGUCCUCAGUGAUCCGGUUGGUGCACUUUGUUUUCCAAUAAUUCUCUUAAUUAUUUUUUAUUUUUUUUAAUUAUUUUUUUUUCUCCUGCAAAGAAUACAAAAGCUGCUUGAAGUGACAUUUCAGCGCUGUGUUGAGCACUAACUGCUGGGUUGGGGGCCGGGGCUCAGUCCCUCCUGUCGGUGUUUGUAACCGAUCCCCUCUCGUGGGCCGUGUCCGUCUGUAAUGUCACUGGUAAGAACUGUGGUACUACGUGUCAUUCGCACCAAUAAACGCUGAUGUCAGAUGG